AUGAUUUUUGAUUGUGUAGAUAUUUAUCAAAGAAAGAAAACAAAAGAACGACCAAUGAGUAAUAGUGAGGGAAUUUCCAUUUGUCAUCAUGGUAUUAAUUAUUCAAAAGAUAUGACAUUAGAUUAUGGAGAAACACUAGGGGGUAAUAUCUAUUCAACAACACCCGACGGUACUCGUAUUUAUUAUGAUCGAAUAUUUCUUUUAUCUCGUCGUGAUUCACCUAUGACACGAUCACCACCAUUGAAUUUACCUUAUAUUCCAGAAGUUACGUUGAUUCCCGAACCAUCUAAUAAUCGUACUAUUGUUGAAAAUGAUACUUCUGAAGCAAUGACUAAUUUAAAUAUGAAUUUAUCUGAACAAAAACAAUCCACAUCGGAUAGAAAAGAUGAUGAUCAAUUUUCAAUGGAUAUAUGA